GGCAGUCCUGCCCGUUCCCUUUUGUUUUUGGCCGUAUCGGGUCUGGACCGUCCGUUUGGCGAUAUAUGGGCAGCAGUGAGAGGCACACCCGCUGAAAAACCCUGCUUCUCUCAAGUCUCAACGCCGUCAUUCUCAUGUCUUCCUGGUCGCCGGCCGCCGCCGCCGCCGCCGCCGUAGCGAAGGCGGCUAAGCCACUGCACCGGAGCGUGUCCUCAACUCCUGUAUCCCCCCACCUCUCUAUGUCCUCUUCUCACCGCACUCCACCUCUCGCGAUGGCGGCCGGUGGAAGCGGCGCGGUGGCCCCUUCCUCACUUCUCGUCGCCGACCAGGGCCACCGCGAGUCCGUGCUGCUUGCUGCACGCGCCUCCAUGGGGAACUGCCUCGGAGAGACCCGCCUCGACCUCUCGGUGUCAGGGCUCCGCCUUGCUGCCAAGGGCAAGGUGAGGGACGUGUACGAGAGCGGGCAGCACCUGGUGCUGGUGACCACCGACAGGCAGAGCGCGUUCGAUCGCGUGCUUGCUUCCAUCCCGUUUAAAGGGCAGGUUCUUAAUGAGACAAGCCUUUGGUGGUUCAAUCAGACACGGCACAUUACUCCAAAUGCAGUAGUGUCUUCUCCUGAUAAGAAUGUAACAAUCGCCAAAAGAUGCACAGUUUUUCCAGUUGAAUUUGUUGUUAGGGGAUUUGUUACAGGAAGCACUGAUACAUCUUUAUGGACAGUUUAUAAUAAGGGUGUAAGAAAUUAUUGUGGAAAUGUUCUUCCUGACGGUAUGGUAAAGAAUGAGAAGCUAUCUUCAAAUAUAUUGACACCAACUACUAAAGCUGCAGACCAUGAUGUCCCUGUCACUCCAGAUGAGAUAAUCGAGUCAGGGUUGAUGUCGAAGGAAGAUUUUCAUGAGGCAGGAAGCAAAGCCUUAAGCUUGUUUGCAUAUGGACAGAAAGUGGCCUUAGAGAAUGGAUUAAUUCUGGUUGACACUAAGUAUGAGUUUGGAAAAACACCUGAUGGAACAAUUGUGUUGAUUGAUGAGGUUCAUACUCCUGACUCUAGCAGAUAUUGGAUUGCUAAUUCAUACGAAGAUAGAUUCAAAUCUGGCCUUGAACCUGAAAAUGUUGAUAAGGAGUUUUUAAGGCUUUGGUUCAAGAACAACUGCAACCCAUAUGAAGACGCGGUUCUGCCAGAAGCUCCAGAAGAGUUGGUUUGUGAGCUGGCCUGGCGAUACAUUUUCCUGUUUGAAACAAUCACGAAGACAAAAUUCGAGAUCCUAGAAGCGCAGGAACCAAUUCAUGAAAGGAUAUCAAGGAAUGUCGCUCAAGCCUUACGGGACCUAUGAUUGCUGAUAGAGGAUCUGGGGCAGAGUUUGAGUGCAUUUCUGGAACCAAUUCAUGAAACCAUCUGAUAGGGUUUUGGGUGCAUUUCUGGCACUAAUAUUCCCGUGCGAAUAGCAAGUAGUCUGCGCAGAUGCCAUAUAUCCGUCCUGUGAGGGUUGCCAUUGCGUCUUGAUGAAGCAGAACUAUCCACCACAUUUCUUCAUGAUCUGUGAUAUAAUGUGGUAAUAAACUCAACCGCCAUGCUCCGCUGGUGAGAUUUGCCGUGUUUGGAGCAGGGGGGGAGACAAACUGAGAAAUUUAACAAGCAUGAGACCGACAGAUGCUGUAUUCAUACAGGCCUUCCUCAGAUUUCUUUGUGUUAGUGUAACGUUGUCAGGUGGUUUGAGUCGGGCAGCCAUCACACGCUGUCUUCUGAAACGAAAAGGAUAAAUUUGCAAAUAACAAGUUCAUUAUGUUCUAGCGUAAUUGGGCUUUUCCUCUAAGAGCAACUCCAAGAGGCCAAAUCGUUUUGUAAAAGUAAAUUUGGGUAUUGCUAGAAGAAAAACAACUCCAAUAGACUC